GUGAGAGUCCAGGCGGCGGGCAGUCGGUCCUCUCAGGCGGUGUUUCUAGGUUUCGGUCAACUUCUCGGAGGAGACGGACUUUUGGGUUCCAGAAGGUUUUUGUUGUUGGUUCGGGACCCCGAGAAGGCGCCGACGGCUCGACGCGAUGUCCAGGCGCAAACUUGGAAGCAGACCGCAGCACCUGAGCGCAAUUCAAGAUGUCACUGAGAUGGCGAAUGGCGCCACUUGCUCCGGCGACCGGCCUCCUCCUGCACCACAGGUCCAAGCUCCUGGCGAGGGUCGUGACCUCCUGACCUGCGGCCAGUGCAGCCGGGCCUUCCCCCUCGCCCACAUCCUGGCGUUCAUCCAGCACAAACAGGGGGGCUGCCGCUCUCGAAACCAGGACCCGAGCGCCAACGCCACGCCCCCCUCCCCCGCCAACCAGGCGCAGCACUCGCUCGGGCCGGCCUUCAUCGAGCUGAGGAGAGGGGGCCCAGCUUUGGGGGAGGAGCCGGGCCUGAAAGUGAAGGCCGAACACGGCAGAGCAGUGACGGUGGAGCCCUCCUACUUCACCUGCCAGCAGUGUGAAGCCGUGUUUCCAUCAGCAUGGGCGCUCUUAAAGCACGCUCAGCACACACACGCCUUCAGCAUCUACCAAGAGGACGAAGACGUGAGAGGAGGAGGAAGAGGAGGGCUUAAAGGGCACAAGUCCACGACAGCCACUCUGGACCCUCGCCACCUGAGCCACGCCCUCGCCUCGGCCUUUCAGCCCUCCGCCCUGCGCCUCAGUCGCUCCCAUCAGACACCCCCCCCCUCCACCUCCUCCCCCAGUAACACGCAGGCUCUGAACUUCUCCGUGCGGCUCCGGGAGCUCGCCGAGGGGAACGCCAACCACACCGGCGGCUCCGCCGGAAGCCUGAUGCCGUCUCCUUCCUCUUCUCCACCAGCAGCUUCUCCCUUUUCUCAGACCAGUGCCCUCCAGUCCGACUUUUACUGCGAGCUGUGCGGCCAGCACUUCCUGUCCAUCCACGCCCUGUCCACCCACCGCCGGACUCACUCCUGCAACAGGCCCUAUCACUGCGGCGUGUGCGGGCAAGCCUUCGCCCAGAGUGGCCAGCUGGCCCGGCACAUACGGGGCCGUCACCGGGAGGCCGGAGGCGGAGGAGCUGGGUAUGAGGCGGUGGAUAUGGUCGUGAUGGAGGAGGAUGUGGGGAGGCAUGGGAUGAGAGGGAGGCUCCAAAUGCAGCCGGCUGGAGGCGUCACGGGAAAGGGAACGGGUGGUGCCGAAGUCAGAGCCCACGGUCCCUCCGAGCUAGACCUGAGCCCGCCCACACACCCCUCCCCCGCUUCAGGCCUGAUGCUGCCGACCUCACAGGUCAGACCGCCCGACCGGGAGCGACUGAGGCUGUACCAGAGGGAGGGGGGCGCGGGAGGGGAGGAGGAUGCAGAGGGGCCGGGGGCGCCUCGGCACACCUCGCCCUGCGCCAGCCCCUCUGAAGGCUCCCUGGAGAGCGGAGAGACGGGGGGCAGCGGCGAGAGCGGCAUCGCCAGCGGCAACUGCACGCCCAAGCGGCCGGAGACGGGCGAGAGGGCGCGGGGGGUCGGAGAGUGGGAGAACGAGAGAGGGGAAGUCAUCGAGAGGGAGACGGAGUGGAGCGCCACCAAAGUCAGCGAGGUGGUGCACGAGUGGCAGAGGGAGAAUGAGCGGAGGAGUGUCGGAGGAGGUGUCAGCGACGGAGGCAACAACAACAACAACAACAACAGCAACAACAGCAACAUUACUGCUGGCUGCGCUGGUAAGAAGAAGAAGGACGAGGCCUGCGAGUACUGCGGCAAACAGUUCAGGAACAGCAGCAACCUGACGGUGCACCGCCGCAGCCACACGGGGGAGCGGCCGUACCGCUGCGGCCUCUGCAACUACGCCUGCGCCCAGAGCUCCAAGCUCACGCGCCACAUGAAGACGCACGGCGCGCAGGGCGCCAAGGCCUCCUUCCUGUGCCAGCUGUGCUCGGUGCCCUUCACCGUGUACGCCACGCUGGAGAAGCACCUGAAGAAGGUCCACGGCCUGAGCCACGCCAGCGUGGGGGCGCACGCGCAGGCCAGCGCCGCCCACACGCUGGCCGCCAUCAAAGCCGAGGAGACGGCCGUCGUGGUGAAGAUGGAGGAGGAGGACGAGGCCAGUCUGGAUCGGAUAGAGACGGAGAGAAGAGUUCCCAGCGACGUGGUGAAGAGGAUGGAGCUGGAGGAGGGCGAGGAGCGCGGCCCGGUCGCGGCGGCUGAUCUGCCGCCUGAGAGCAACGCGGAGGUGAACUUGGCGCUGACCUCUGUCGACAUUUAAUAUAGCACCCUAUAGGAUUUAAGCCCCCCAUUCAUAUACAAAUAAUUCGUCCCAUCAUUGAACGGACAGUCGCGUAAAACAGAAACCUAGUUUAGAGAAGCGGCGGCGGCAGCAGCGGUGGCCCCGCCCUCUCCGAGGCCCCCAGCAGCCACGUUGUUCAGCUGCAGCGCUGCCGGUUGGAGCUGAAGUGCCUCCAGGUCUCUGCGACCACAGAGAGUAGAACCAGGCCGUGACAUUCAGCAGGGAGAUUACCAGAGCUCUCGAACAGGAAGUGAACCGCCGCAGUCCACACACACAGGAAGCCCAUCGCCACGCUGCAGCGCAGUGCAACAAGAGACGAGGGAUUUGUCUCUCCCGACAGCUGGAGACGGAUAUUCACCGGCAGAUAAUGUCGUAAAGGGAUUCUAUUCGAUGACAAAAAUGCUUAGCAAUAGAACAAUAUUAAUAUAUCUCCAGCCGAGGGAGAAAGCUCACGUUGUGUUUUCCAGCUGUUGCUGGCUUUCUUUUGAGAAGACCUUUUAAAGACUAUCAAUGUUUCAACAGGCAUGAGGGUGAAAUGAAUCCAAACACCGAGCGCCUGCAGUUCGUCCGCCUCCUCUUCUUCAAGGCGCUUGGUUGUCACAACACGUGUCGCUUAUGUAACGUUUACAGGGCUCCAGGAGCCUGGCGAAGCUUGUGCUCCUGACUUUGUGACGGCAUGUAUGGACUUUUUUCUGUUUUCUAAUUUUAUAAAUGUGAAUAAGGAGACUUUAAUGUGUCGUCUACUGAUGUGUUUUGUUUUUUUCAUGGUUCGUUUCUAUGCAUCACAGAUCUAGAUGUGACACGGGUGUGUAUGAUUUUCUCUGUGUGUACCUAUUAUCGUGUGAUGGUCAUUUCUCUCUUUCAUCGUUUACAUUUGUAAAGUGCCAGGCUCGUGCAUGUUUGGCAGCCAAUUGCAAUUGUCCUUUUUUUUUGUUUUUUGUUUUUUUGUUUUUUGUUGGUUGCCUGUGUUUGAAUUAUUCCUAAUUUAUGGAUGCUUGCAUGUCGGGAACUGUGUAACUGCCGAACUACAGAGGUUGAGAGGUGAUGGAGUAGCUGGUUGAUUGGUGGAGUUUAGCAGGAAGCACUUGGGUGAGCUUGCGUGGAUGUCUUUUGUGUGUACAUAUUGGGGGGAGGGGGGGCAGAAGAACCUGCGUAUUUAGCAAAGAGACGGGUCGACGAGUAGAGAGCUGCACACAUGCUCUGACCGCUGCGACGACUCGGUGAGAUCACGUCUGAUCCACUUGCAUUCACGUCAGGGAAACGCCGGUGUGUGUUGUGUCAUGAAUGAUCGUGAUCGACUGCAGUGUAACUGUUCAGGGAGAAGAUUUUGUACAUAGUUUGACAUUCUUGCCGUUGCUAUGCUUAUUAUUGUUGUUAUUAAUAAUAUGAACUGCCUCCACUUUCCAGAGCGUCGUCUCCUUCCCGCUGAGCCCCCGGCUGUCGCGACGCUCCGCUGUCUUUGUAAAGUUGACACCGUUUUGUAAUUCACCUUCUCAAAAGGAGCCUCAAUAAAGAAUUGAGGUUAAA